AUGGCUGAAGUGCAGCGCUCUCAAACGCUUUUGCCAGACCCAGUGAUACUGGCUGCCGCAAAAGAUCGAAAACUACCUGAGUAUGCUAGGCCAGCCUGUGACCGUGCAAGGCAGAGAAUACGUCAGGGAACAGACUCGAGUUCUGAAGUCCCACUUCCUGGCUCCUUUGCAGGAAAUGACAAUUUCCUCGCCUUUCCGCCCCUCCCAGAGAUGGAUUUUAAAGGGCUCUCUGAGAUUGAAGAUGUCGAUAUGCUUGAUGUCUUGGCCGGUCCCGGCACAAGCCGAGUAACUGUGUCUCCUCAAGAAGACGCUGGUUUGGAUCGAGCGGAAAUUGAGGAAUUUGAAUCUGUUGAGAGAUGGUUUUAUUCGAUAGCCAAUCCCACCUUGGAGCAUAGAGUGCUUUACGCAGCUGCCAAGAGGAAACUGGACAUCCACAAGAAGACAUAUGAGAGCCGCAAAGCCUUGCAAAAACAAGAGCAACUUGAGAGAGCUAAACAGAACGAACAGGAAAUUGUCCAAAAAGUGGACAAUGAGCUUUUUGUUCAUAACGCUCCAGUUUAUCCAGAUCCGGUCUAUAAGCUCUUAGAACUGGACCAGCAACCCGUCGAAAACAACAUCAAACCCAUCAUACCGGCCCCAAGCCCACCUAGAAUCAAGAGAAAAAAGCCCCGCCCUCGGAUCUCUGCGGCAGAGAAGAGGAAGAGCAUGGAAGUUGGGUUUGAACCGAUCCAUGAAAGGCUACAGAGAAAGGAUAAGCGCAAAAGAGGUCCCCGAAAACCUCAAAACACCAGCUCAAGCUGGGAAGAAAACCCUGGUAUUAAAGACAAAGGGAAUAAGAACACAAAUGGUAAUUCCAUGGUGCCACUGAAUUUGAGAACGAAUGUAAUCGAAGAGGCACAUGCCAGCUCCGCGCUUCCAGGCCCUGCAGCCUUCAACGCGACUAAUAAAAAGGAAGCCCUGGCCCAGCUUAUUUCCAGCAUUCCUUGCAAAGACAGAGAGGAGGCGAUAGAUGAUAAAACUCGGCUACAGGACGCACUAAAAAGGUUCACGAAGCGCGUCAGACCUGACCCCGAAGGCGGCUGGAGGAUGAAAGGUCUCAAAACGAGCUUGUAUAAUUACCAGGUCUUGGGAUGCGCUUUUAUGCGUGAGCGGGAGAAUUCGCCCGAGGAUCCAAGAGGUGGUAUUCUAGCAGAUGUCAUGGGAAUUGGCAAAACCCUCGAAGCACUAGUCAAUAUCCUGGAUGGCCACUCCUCGGAUCCAGAGGAUCCUACUCAAACAACGUUACUUAUCGUGCCGUCACAUCUGACAAAACACUGGAUGGAUCAAAUGCGCAAACACUGUGAGAAGGGGUCCAUCGGCAGAGUAAUUGAGUAUCAUUCGAGGGCUCGGCUGUCAACGCUCGAUGACGUCGCAGACCUGCAGAGCUAUUCAAUCGUAGUAACUACAUACGAGCAAAUCCGAGCAUCCUACCCGACAUUCAAACCACCUAAGGAGCUGAGUAAUGAGGAAACACUAAGAGAGCAAUGGGCCCAGAUUUACGAGGAAAACCGUGGUCCUCUACAUCGGAUAAAGUUCCACAGGAUAGUCCUUGACGAAGCACAUACAAUCAAGAACUGGAAGUCAAGCGUAUCCAUUGGGGUUCGUGGACUGGUUGGUCAGCACAAAUGGCUUUUAUCUGGAACUCCAGUAAUGAACUACAACGAAGAAUUCUACCCUCUUCUUUCCUUCCUUGACGUCCCAGGAAUAAAGAACCAUGCUGAGUUUAUAUCAUACUAUCGAGACGACAAUCUCGGAAAUGAGCGCCUAUCGAAUUUACUCAGAGCCUACAUGUAUCGCCGGACACAUGCUAGUCGACUCUUUGCAUUGCCGAUUAUCAAACUUCCCGAUAUCAACGAAAUUAAAAUCGAAGUUGAAUUUUCAGAGGCCGAGUGGGUGAUCUAUCAGGCCAUUGAGCAAAAUUUCUUCCAAAAUAUAAAUGAUCUGGGAGCUGAGCCAAAUUUUAAGGCUGCUCAGUGCAGAUGCUGCCUUACUAUGAUUCUACGAUUGCGCAUGUUCUGCAGUCAUCCGCUUACGGUGCAACACCUUCUCAAACACCUGCUGGGCUCGGAUGAUUCUCUGAUGGGAGAGCUUAACAAGAUUUCACAAAAUGGGGAUACCGGACAUACAGACCCAUCAAAGCAGAUAUAUUCCUGGCUUGCCGCAGCCAAAAACGACUACAGGACCCUAGUGCAGCAGCGUAGAGAAGAGCAGCUGGAUCAGAUAAGCAACAACCACAUAUUUACAAAUAAUCCGGUUCUCGUCCAGAGAUUUCACGAGCUUAUGAGAAGGCUUAACCAGGAAAAUGAAAUUAUUGAGAGAUAUGACAGGACUGUUUGCCCAAAUUGCGACCUCUUUUCGGACAAGACGGUGGUUACGUCGUGUCUACAUCUAUACUGCGAGGAGUGCUUUAUUGAGCUCCAAAUGGCGGCCGAGAAUGCCGGAACAGUCCCAGGAAGCAUUGAAAAACCAAAACCGAGAUGCCAGAAAUGCACAAACCUCAUUGAAGAGGCCACUCGUUGUGGUUUACCUGAAGAGGUAGCACUGGAGAAGCCAAUAACUCCUGAGGACCGAAGGCAGAUGAUAGGGGAUCUAAUUAGCGGGAAAGGCAGGGCCAGGAAAAAUGGCAAUCCCGAGGCUGAUGACGACGAUAAGGAUUGGAUUCGUGCCUGUGGCGCUAGAAUGCCUGGGGCAAAGUUGAAUGAAAUCCGCAAAAUCAUAAAAGACUGGAAGAGGUCUAACAAAGACACCAAAGUGGUUAUAUUUAGCCAGUUCACGGAUUUCAUCCGAAUACUGGCCGAUAUGUGUCAAGAGGAGCGCUGGGGGUUCCGAUGUUUAUCUGGUAAGAUGAAGAUUGCGGCUCGACACAGCAGUCUUGAAGACUUCGAGAAGAAUCCAGAUAUCACAAUCCUAAUCGUCAGCCUCCACACUGGAGGUACUGGGUUAGACAUGACGGUAGCACAUAAAUGCAUCCUUGUCGAUCUUUGGUGGAAUGAGGCCAUUCAGAACCAGGCAUUCUGCCGUUUACUUCGACACGGACAAACGAAGAACGUGGAGUGCAUAAAGAUGAUCGUCAAGGGUUCGAUUGAUGAGUAUAUGCUGAAUUUACAAACGAAGAAAACAGAAGACAUUAAAAGCACAAUGGGCGAUGACAUCUUGAAGAAAAGGGACACCGUGAUCACCCUCCUCAAGUUGUUUGCGGACGUAGAUGAAGAUGGAUCGGGUCGACUUUAUGUGAGGCCCAAAGCCGGGCGAAAUAGGCAGGGCAAGUUGAAGGAGGCCCUGUCGCUGGGUAAAGCUCAUAAAACGGCGAAGUAA